GGGGCGCGGGGCGCGGCGCUCGGAGUCCGCUCGGGCCGGAGGCGGCUUGGGACCGGGGCCGGGCCCGGGAACCGCGAGGAACUGGGCAGCACAGCGGGAGCCCGCCGCCCGGGACAUGGCCAAGGCGGGCCGUGCAGGUGGCCCUACCCCGGGCGGCGGUGCCCCCUGGCACCUGCGAAAUGUCCUCAGUGACUCAGUGGAGAGCUCGGAUGAUGAAUUCUUUGAUGCUAGAGAGGAGGUGGCUGAAGGGAAGAGUGCCAUCCUCAUUGGGAUGAGCCAGUGGAAUUCAAAUGACCUGGUGGAGCAGAUGGAGACCAUGGGCAAGCUGGAGGAGCAUCAAGGAGAAGGGAGUGGGCCUUGCACGUCCAGCAUCCUCCAGGAGAAGCAGCGAGAACUGUACCGGGUUUCCUUGAGAAGACAGAAGUUCCCAGCCCAGGGGAGCAUUGAGAUCCACGAAGACAAUGAGGUGGGCUGGGUUUCUGAGGAUGUCUGGGCCCACCUCUGUAGUCAAGAUUCCAGGAAGGUUUCUGGGCCGAUAGACAGACUGCCUUGUUUCCAUUCAGCGCUUCAUCUGACUUUCUGUGUGUGUCUCAUCGGGGACUGUGUGGGGGGCCUCCUGGCCUUUGAUGCCAUCUGCUACAGUGCGGGGCCCUCAGGUGACAGCCCUGGCAGCAGCAGCCGGAAGGGGAGCGUCAGCAGCACCCAGGACACCCCAGUUAUGGUGGAGGAGGACUGCAGUCUGGCUAGCAGCAAGCGGCUCAGCAAAAGCAGCAUUGAUGUCUCCAGCGUGUUGGAGGAUGAGGAGCCCAAGAGACCGUUGCCACGGAAACAGAGUGACUCCUCUACCUAUGACUGUGAGGCCAUCACCCAGCAUCAUGCCUUCCUAUCAAGCAUCCACUCGAGCAUGCUGCAGGAUGAGGCCGAGCCCACUGCAGCCGGGGGCUCCCAGCUCGCGGAGGUCAGCCUGGGCCGCUUGGACUUCGACGUGUCAGACUUCUUCCUCUUCGGCUCGCCCCUCGGCCUGGUCCUGGCCAUGCGGAGGACAGUGCUGCCGGGGCUGGAUGGCUUCCAGGUGCGUCCUGCCUGCAGCCAGGUCUACAGCUUCUUCCACUGCGCAGACCCCUCCGCCUCACGGCUCGAGCCACUGCUGGAGCCCACGUUCCACCUGGUGCCGCCCGUCAGUGUGCCCCGCUACCAGAGAUUCCCACUGGGCGAUGGACAAUCUCUUCUCCUUGCGGAUGCCCUGCACACCCACAGUUCCCUCUUCCUGGAGGGUAGCUCCCCGGAUAGCCCGCUGCUUCUGGAUGCCCCCGUCUCACCCCCUCAGGCCCCGAGGUCCCAGCGCCCAGCACGGAGGAUAAGCCAGGGCAGCUCCCACAGCGAGAGCUCAGAGUCCUCAGACAGCCUGGCACCCAUGGGCGCCUCCCGCAUCACGGCCAAGUGGUGGGGCACCAAGCGCAUCGACUAUGCCCUGUACUGCCCUGACGUCCUCACAGCCUUCCCUACUGUGGCGCUUCCUCACCUCUUCCACGCCAGCUACUGGGAGUCCACGGAUGUGGUGGCCUUCAUCCUGAGACAGGUGAUGCGCUAUGAGAGCGUGAAUGUCAAGGAGAGCGCUGGCUUGGAUCCUGCAGCAUUGAGCCCCGCGAACCCCCGGGAGAAGUGGCUUCGGAAGAGGACCCAGGUCAAGCUGCGGAAUGUCACUGCUAACCACCGGGCCAACGAUGUGAUUGCUGCUGAAGAUGGCCCCCAGGUCCUGGUGGGGCGAUUCAUGUACGGGCCCCUCGACAUGGUGGCUCUGACAGGAGAGAAGGUGGACAUCCUGGUGAUGGCAGAGCCAUCUUCUGGCCGCUGGGUGCACCUGGACACAGAGAUCACCAACAGCAGUGGCCGAAUCACGUACAGUGUGCCGCGGCCCCGACGCCUGGGCGUCGGUGUCUACCCUGUGAAGAUGGUCGUCAGGGGCGAUCAGACCUGUGCGAUGAGCUACCUCACGGUGCUUCCCCGCGGCAUGGAGUGUGUGGUGUUCAGCAUUGAUGGGUCCUUUGCGGCCAGCGUGUCUAUCAUGGGAAGUGACCCCAAGGUCCGGCCAGGGGCAGUGGACGUUGUCCGACACUGGCAGGACCUGGGCUACAUGAUCCUGUACAUCACGGGGCGGCCAGACAUGCAGAAGCAGCGGGUGGUGUCGUGGCUGUCCCAGCACAACUUCCCACAGGGCAUGAUCUUCUUCUCUGAUGGGCUGGUGCACGACCCGCUGCGGCAAAAGACCAUCUUCCUCCGCAACCUUGUGCAGGAGUGCUUCAUCAAAAUCAGCGCUGCCUAUGGCUCCACGAAGGACAUCUCUGUCUACAGCGUGCUGGGCCUGCCGUCCUCCCAGAUCUUCAUUGUGGGCCGGCCCACCAAGAAGUACCAGAGACGCCUGUGCCCUCCGCAGUUCCUGAGUGAAGGCUACGCCGCACACCUGGCCGCACUGGAGGCCAGCCACCGCUCACGCCCCAAGAAGAACAACUCACGCAUGGUCCUGCGCAAGGGCAGCUUCGGCCUGCACGCACAGCCCGACUUCCUGCGGAAGCGCAACCACCUGCGCAGGACCAUGUCGGUGCAGCAGCCGGACCCACCCGCCAACCCCAAGCCCGAGAGGGCCCAGAGCCAGCCCGAGUCCGACAAGGACCACGAGCGGUCCCUGCCCACGCUCAGCUGGGCGCGUGGGCCCCCCAAGUUUGAGUCGGUGCCCUGAGGGCUGGGCUAUGCGCGGAGCAGGGGGGCCCUACCAGGCUGCCUGCGGGGACUGGAGCGCUGCCUUCUCCCCGACACAGGCGUUUUCCUGCUUUUUCCCUCCCGUGUCUGUCCAGCAGUGUCUGACCACAAGGGGGAGGGACCCUGCCCGGCCUUGGGACUCCCUAGGCUGUAAGGGGGCUGAGAUCCGGGGUCUCAGCACAGCUGCUGCUGCCUCCCCCGUGCCUCCGACUUCAAGCCCAAGUCAGGGUUGAUGUCUGUUUAAUCCUGGGGGCAGGCAUGCCCGGAGCUGGAGUGUUUGACAAAGUCGAUCAUCUUUCUGAGUUCCUGAGGCUUCUGCAGCAAUGCUAGGCAGGCCCUAAAGGGAGAAGCCGCCAGACCAGAGAUAGACAGUCGCUGGCAGGUACAGCUCCUGGGCUACCUGGUGGAGGAGCACGUGGCAUUCGUGCCUGCCCUCCCUGUGACAUCCUGGGUUACCAUCUUGAGCCUGGCUCUCUUAUGACGAAGUGGCCACUUUGGGGGAGUGAGAAGAUGUCCCCUGGACCCAUCCUAUGUUCAGGUGUCUGUCCAUAGCCCUUGGGGGCAGGGUCUGGUGCUGACGGUCUGUCCUCCUGCACCUGUUCACAUCUCCCUUCUUGUCCUCUGUAUCUUCACCAUUCUCUCGUGGCAGUUGAGGACAAUUGUUCCUCUUCCCAGAGUCCUGCCUAGUGCCCUCCCCUGUGAGGCUUUGGCCGUGGGCUCUGGCCUCACUGAGCUGGCUGUGAGCCCUUGAGCCAGUUGCUUGCCCUCUCUGGGCCUUAUGUAAUUGAGGGAUCUCAAUUGCACCAGCUGGAGAUUGGUGCGAGGUUUUGACUCCUAGGCUGUCCCGUAUUUCUGCCCCCUGAGGCAUUUACGGCCUAAGAACCCCUCAGAGUGCUCAGUGAUCUAUACCGUCCCCGCAGUCUGAGAGUGGAGCUUUGGUGGACCAGGAGGGAGCAGGUAUUGCCCCCCCCCACUUCAAAGGAAGCCCCUGUAGGUGGGGGCGGUAGAGGUCCCUCCUCCUCCAUGGAGAGAUUUGCUUCGCACUGAUACCCAAACCCAGUGUCCCAGGGACAGAGGCAUCUUCCCAGAGGGCACUGAUCUGACUCCUCCUCCCCAGUUCUGCCCAGACUGAUUCUCCCUUUUGGCCCCUGAAAGGCAUGAGCUGAGAUCCCAGAGUUCUGGGGAUUCAUGUAGUUUUGGCUCAAACUGUUGUAUUCUCUUCCCUUCCCCCUACCACUCAGCUUGGUUUGGUGCCCAUAACUUCCUCCUGGGUCAUGUGCUGGGCCACUGGCCUGAGCAUUGGUCUCCUGCACGCUCCCCCUGCUCUCUGGCCCAGGCUCACACCUGCCACGUGGGGCCGCCAGGGCUUGCGUCGGAGCCCCUGUGGGCUGUCACUGAGGCCGGCCCAGCUCUUUCAGCCAGGGCUCUGUCCCAGAGCCCAGACUAAUGUAUACACAGCAAGGCACCUGUGGCAGCUCAGUGUUGCUUCUACUCAUUGUCUACCUCUUGCACUUCCCAUGUGGCCAGUGUCCUCCCAGACCGCAGCUGCUGGUGGGGGCGGUUGGCACCACCGGCAAAUUGGGCACCCUAUUGGGGCUGGAGGGGGGGUCCAGGCUCCCAGCCCCCACCCUUGCUGUCUCCACUAGAAACGCGUCUUCUCCAGCCUGCCAGUUCCUGCCGCAUCCGCCCCACCUGUGUCUCAGCUCUGUGCUCCACUUUCAGCCCUGCAUAUGCAUUUAAGCAGCACUGAGCUGCUGCUGGCAAGUCUGCUGCGGAGGGGUGAGCACCCUCAGCUUCCUCUCUGGUCCUGCCUCCUGGCAGUUCACAUCCUUCCUUUCACAUGUCACCUUUCAUGGCUCUCCAUAAGGUACCAGCUCAUGUGGCAUAGCUGCCUCAACCCUAAUCCUUCCCUUCCUUCCCCAAAUAUACCCUGAGUUAAAUUUGGGCAGACUUGGUCUGAUUCUCAGAAACUCUACCGUCUCCUUUUUUGGAGAAGCCACUGAUGUAUUACUUUCAAAUGAUACAGUAAUUAUCGUGAGAUACUUCUCCCCAAGUUCGAUUCCCUCUGCCCUUUCUGAGAACUCCAGGCUUGGAGCAGGAGAGAGAAAAGCAUGCUGGGCGGGACCCUGGGGGAAUUCGGAGUCCACCUGAGCAGGGUUCUGUGGUUCUAGGGAUGCAGGACCCAGCAGGAGAGCCGCUACCCCUGCCUUCCCAGAGCUCCGGAUUGGGGCUCUGAGGACUCACACUUGAGAUGCUGAAAAUGUACAGUGAGAUACUGUGAGCACAUGCUCUAGCAGCUUUAGUUGGUGUGUGACCGCCUAUAUGUGGGGUUCUGUGUAGUGAGUGUCCAGACUCAGACAAUGAAGGUUUCAGUAAUGCUUUCCCGGCAACUCUGUAACCAAUAUGCACUUUCUCUACUAGUGGUUUGUUCAGUUUUGUCUGUCCAGUUACAUUGGAGAAAAACAAAGAACCAAGUCGUGCUGUUCUCUGGAGGGGGGCCGCUGCCUCUCCCCGAGUAGUUCUGUGACCCAUGUCUGGCUGUUUUCUAGAGAAUUCUUCCUGCUUCCGGUGUGCUUGCUCCUUGGGAGCUGGAAAACAGAUCUUCCCGCCUGACCAAAGCUCCCUGUUUCUCAUGUGGCAUGUUUGUUCCUUCCAGUUUGGUGGCUGUCCUGACCGAGGGCCUGCCUGCCGCCUUCCUCUCCGUUUGCCCCGUUGGGGGUUCAGGGUGCACCCGAAGCUGGGGCCCGCUCUUCUGGCAUCAUGGUUUUUUUUUUUUUUAAGUGCUCAACUCCUCCCUUAGGCUCUGCAAAAUAUUUUUUUUUUAAAAAGGAGACGUUUCAUGCAUUUGGAUGAAUGGCCCUGCUGCCUGGAUACUGAGCCAGAGAAAACAAACAUGUUUGAACCCCAGUAGUUCAGAGAUUACUAGGGGGUAGGCUCUCUGAAAGAGGGGAGGCUGGGUCUCAUGGCUUUUAAACAAACUCCUUUUACCACUCUGGAGCCCAUACCCACACCCAGAAGUGUCCGGCAGACAAAAUGUGUCACCAAUUUUUAAAUGAAAGUUGGACUGGAGGCAGAGUCCAGAGGUGGCACAGUUUUGCAUGGACACUCUCACACCCAGCCUAGGUGCAGCCCUGCCCAGGAGGGGUGCCCUGACUGCGGAGAAGCCUCGCAGCUGACCCCGCCUUAAAUAACCAACUUUCCCGCGGAAUCCCGGGGGUUUGGGUGCCAAGUGCUCUGAAACCUAUUCUCUUUGGCUCAGCCAAAAGAAAAGUCACCUUCUUCCUUCUGCUCCCUCUGGGCUUGGGGAAACUUUCUUAAAAAUCAUAGUUAGGGUUAAGUCCAAGCACGUAGGCCUGGUCUGGGCCCUGUUCUCCUUGCUGAGGAACCAGCAGAGUGGUUGGGAGAAAUAUCAGUUGGAUACCACUCUUGUUGGGACAAGGAGAGGCAGGUGACACCAAAGAGGGGCAGGACAGGAGGGCAGCUCACUCAUGGGACCCCCACCCUCGGAUCCCGCUGUCCUUUUCUAUUUGUUUACUUGGUGGUGACAGCCUGUCUGAUCUUGUCCGUGGUCUGACUGUUUCUCAGUGUGUAACUCAGUAUUAUCUGUGGUGGAUGGUUCUGUGGUGAAAAAGGUUUAUUAUAUUCCUCAUGGCUGCCUUGUACAAAAUCCGUUAGAAAAGAAAAUGUAAAAUAUCAGAUUUCUAACAAGACAAAAACAGCAUUACGGAGUUACAAGAUUUUUACAACUGGUCUUGAUUUUGAUGUGAGCUGGUUUUUAACUCUCAAAUGUUGUCACUUAAAUAAAAACCUUAUUUGCCUUUAA